UUCCUUCUUUUUUUUCUUUUUCUCUUUCUCUCCUUUUAUUCUUCUUCUUUAUGGAAAUAGAAGCGGCUCAUUGUUUGGUCAAUCUAUCCACAAAUAAAGCAAAGUAUCCUAUACCUGCCUUUGAUAAGAUGCACACCAACAAGCCUUCUAGACAUCACCAAUGUUCUAUGUGUCCUAAAUCAUUCUAUCGAUUAGAGCACCUGAAUCGUCACAUUAGAACUCAUACUGGAGAAAAACCUCAUCCGUGCACAUAUUUAGGCUGCAGUAAGAGAUUCUCUCGUUCUGAUGAACUCUCUCGUCAUACUCGUACACACAUGUAUCCAAAAAAUAAAAAGAAGAAAGAAAAACAUUAUGAAUCCAGACCAUCCUUAUUUCUUCCUACACCUACACCCAUUAACUCACCGCCAUUAUCACCUUCAAAACAUACUCUACCAAGUUUAGAUUUGGAUGUUCAACUGAGUACAGAAAGAGCCAGUGUGCUGCUAGUCACCCCAAACAGCUCACCACAGUUAUCAUCUCGGAUACUCACACGAUUCACGCAUGAAUGCAGGACAUGUACCAGUGGGAAUAACCAUAAUCGAUCUCUGCUAGAUCUCAUAGAACGACCACCUUGGGAUCGCAAUUUACCGCCCAUAUUCUCACCCGAGAGUGUGGAAAAAUAAUGUAUAUUUUAUCUAUUUGCUCUUGUUUUUUUUUUUCUCUUUCUCUUCUCAUUUGUGUAUAGUUAUAGCAACUUGAUAAUGUAUAAAAGGGGCAUUUAAGCUUCAUCCGUCUUUUCUUUUUCUCCCUUUUUUUUUGUGUAUAUAUAAAAUGUUGAUUUAAUAAAGAAAUCCUA